AAGUUUUACUUCUGAGCACAUCGUUGACUUAAUUUCAUCGGAACCAGCGCCCUGAUUUUUCUUUUGUUGUUGUUGUUGUUGCUAUUAUUAACAACAGUAAAAACUUGUGAUCGUUUUCAAGAGUAAGGAAACUAAAAGGAUGGACGAACAUCAAAACGGGGGCUCGUUCAACACCGAAGAAGCUGAUAACAUUGUCAAAGAGUGCAUCGACAGCGUGGUGGGAAACAAUGAUUACAACCAGAAUCUGGUGAACAAAUGGACCUCUGCUAUAGUGGAGCGCUGUCUCACACAGCUGGUCAAACUUGGAAAACAGUCUAAGUUCAUUGUGACGUGUGCCCUGAUGCAGAAAACUGGUGCCGGGCUCCACACAGCUAACUCCUGCUACUGGGACACGGCAAUGGAUGGUAGUUCCACGGUGAGAUGGGAAAGCCGGACCAUGUACUGUGUGGUCAGCGUGUUUGCCAUUGCCACUGCGUAGAAUGCAACCCGUGGGAAAGAAUAGAAGACCUCCAAGUGCCACUUCCAUACAUACAGGCUGUGAGCGCACAGUACGUGUGUAUUGUUUUUGGACUGUAUUAUGCAUAAUAUUGAAAAGAAUAAUCAAAAGUUGGACCACAUACCACAUACUGCAGCCCCGAUCACCCAUUUUUCCACAAAUGAUUAAUCAACAAAGCUAUUCUGUUCUGUUCUACAGUGGAGCAAAAAAUGUUGAACAAUAGUUGAACAGUUAUCACUGACUCCAAACAAGUUAUCCAUCCAUGUUGUUGAGUACAGUGGGGCAAAAAAAACUAGUCAGCCACCAAUUGUGCAAGUUCUCCCACUUUAAAUAAAUGAUAAAGGCCUGUAUAUGUCACCAUAGGUAUGCCUCACUUAUGAGAGACAAUAAGGGAAAAAAAUGAAGAAAAUUACAGCAAAUUUUUGAAGAAUUUAUUCGCAAAUUAUGGUUGAAAAUAAAUAUUUGGUCAGUUACAAAAGUUCAUCACAAUAUUUAUGUACACUUUGUUGGCAAUAAAUAAUGUAUCUUUGUUCAUCAAUUUAUGCCAGUGAGGCAUAGUGAUAGAAGAAAUAAAUCUGCUUCUAUAACAUGAUGGUUAAUUAUUAUUAUUGUAUCCACUUUCCGAUUGGAUUGUAUUGAUUUUCCAAUUGUAAACUAUCCUCCAUGGAUCUAUAAUGGUUGGAAGUCACUGCUCUAGUCAGAUCAUGUAUCCUUAUAAGUCAGGUCAGGCCAACAUUACAUGACAAAAAUAAUGGAUGGUAACUUAAUUAUAUUAGUUUCACGUAAUUAAAUUUCUUAUCAUAUACUGCAAUGCAAACAGUCGCAGUGAAAACAGAAGGUAAUGUUGCCCCUCAAUCAAUCAUAAAUGUGCAAAUUAGAGGAGUAUUUGUAAGACUGCCUUAGAACAUUCAUACAAAACAAUGAAAUUAACGCACUGCCGCAAAUAAAGAGCAGUAAUGCUACACCACAACGAAUAGCUCUAAAAUGAACUGACAACCAGAUCAAGUCAAAAUAAAGCAUGGAGGCAGUAUAUACUUUUCUAAUCAAUAACUCAGUAGUAUAGUACAUGUACUAAACAAAAUAUAAACAACGGCCACCAGGCAAAAGAAACAUUAAUUUAAAUUAGGAAAGGGGUUUAAACUUGCACCAUUAAUUGAGCCGAAUUUCUAUGCAAAUUUUAGCAUCAAUGGCAGAUUCUAACAAAGAUGAGCAGCUUUGCUGGCCGAAAGCCUGCUUCUACGUUCAUCCAGGAUGUUGGAUGCGGUGCUAAGUAGACGUUCACUGUCCACACUUGCACAUGGUGAAGAGAGGUACACUCUAGCUGCAAAAGCCAUCCUGAUUGGAUCUCCAGUAAGCCAGUGAGUCAGCCUCCCGAUGGAUGACUGGCUCUGAUAGGUGGAUAUUUAUCUGGGACAAUGCCUGGAUCACCUUCUCCGGCCGUUGUUCUUGUAUGAUCUCACCCGGCAUCGACAUCAAGGAACCAGGCCGUGGCAGGUUCUCAGCAUGGCAAAGUCAGGAGCCCCACUUUUCACGUGCACUUCGCUAUGUUUGGGGCGUUGUCCCAAAGUACGACAUGAACUCUCUCUCUCGCGAUCUGCCACGCUUGGAGUAUGUUGUCGUGUUUGGUCACUCACGCUGUAGCAGUGUAGGACCGCUUUUCGUAGUUUGAAUUUGGCUUUCCCCCACUGGGCUGUCAAACUCAGAAGUGACAUGGGGCUAACAUCAGAUGACUGAAUGUCUGUGGUGAAGGUCAACGAUAGACUGUCUUCUUUCUGGGGGCUGGCUACAAAGUCUCAUACUGUAAUACCUGGAUCAAUUGCCCUGGUCCCUUUGGUAGAAAAACAGUUUCCACCCCAUGCUUCACAGUAGGUAUGGUGUUCUUUCGAUCCAACUCACCAUUCCUUCUCCUCCAAACACAAGUUGAGUUUGGUUUCAUCUGACCAUAUGACGUUCUCCCAAUCCUCGUCUGGAUUAUGCAAAUGCUCUCUAGAAAGUUCCAGACGGGGCGUGUCUGGCACUGCAGGAUUAGAGUCCCUGUAUGUGGCUGUGUGUUACUGAUGUUAGUCUUUGUUACUUGGUUCCAGCUCUCUGGAAGUCAUUCACUAGGUCCCCACGGUGUGGUUCUGGGAUUUUUCCUCGCCAUUCUUGUGAUGAUUUUGACCCUAUGGGGUGAGUUCUUGCGUGGAGCCCUAGAUUGAGGUUUAUUAUCAGUGGUCUUGUAUGUCUUCCAUUUUCCAUUUGCUCCCACAGUUGAUUUCUUCACGCCUAUUGCAGAUUCAGUCUUCCUAGCGUUCUGCAGGACUGCAAUUUUGUUUCUGAUGUCCUUUGACAGUUCUUUGGUCUUGGCCACGGUGGCUGUUUGAGGUUGUGGACAGGGGUCUUUUGUACUGAUAACGAGUUCAAUUAGGUAGCAAAGAACAAGUUACAGGUCUGUGAGAGACAGAAUUCCGCUUGCUUUUAGGUGACCAAAUGUUUAUUUUCCACCGUCAUAAGUAAUUUCUUUAAAAAUCAGAUAAUAGUCAUCUUUUUGAGUGGGAAAACUUAAGCACAAUUGCUGGCUGACAAAAUACUUUUUUGCCCCACUGUAUUCUAUUUUAUUCUGUUCUAUUCUGGUCUUUAUUGUCUUAGAUGUGAAACACAUCAGAAGGAAUUUCUGUCAUGAUGCAUCUGAUUUCCCAAUUAAAAGAAUAAGCACUCUUGA